GCCCCGCAUCUCGCUUACUUUACUUCUCCCCAUUCAAUUUUUAUUAUUUAUUUUUCCGGCCUCCCGCCCUCCGAUUGCCGCCGCCAUGAGCUCCAGAGAUCUCGCCCUCAUCUCAGUCUCCGCCGCCAUCGGAGCUCUCGCCUCUGCCAUUGCCCUCCGUCUCAUCUCCUCGAACUUUAAUAGGCCCUCUCCUCGCCUCCUCCCGCCUCCUUCCACCAAUGGUACCGUCGAGAACUCCACCGAUCAGAGCCCCUUCGACCCCUCCAAGCGCAAAGGGUAUCUUUCGUGGGAUGAUUACUUUAUGGCCAUUGCAUUCCUUUCAGCGAAGCGUUCUAAGGAUCCCAACAGGCAGGUUGGAGCAUGCCUGGUCAGUCAAAACGGAAUAAUUCUUGGCAUUGGCUAUAAUGGAUUUCCAAGAGGUUGUUCUGAUGACAAGCUCCCUUGGGCAAAGAUAUCUAUGAAUGGAGAUCCUCUGGAGACAAAAUUCCCCUAUGUUGUUCAUGCUGAAGUUAAUGCAAUCCUCAACACAAACCAUGCAUCUGCUUCUGGACAGAAAUUAUAUGUUACAAUGUUCCCAUGCAAUGAAUGUGCAAAGGUUAUCAUCCAGUCAGGUGUCUCUGAGGUCAUCUAUUUUGUUGAGAAAACAUUGGGCAAGUCUGAUACAAUGUAUGUUGCCUCUCACAAGUUGUUAUCUAUGGCUGGUAUUAAGGUUAGGAAGCACCAACCAAACAUGUCACAGAUUUCAGUCAAGUUUGAGGAUCAUUAGAAGAACUCUAGUCCUCGAGUAGUUGCUAUUGCUUUGUAAGAUAUCAACCUUGAUAUGUAGUCUCAUGUGGAAGCAAAUUGUUUGUAGCGGGUCCCAAAGAUGAUUUUUGAAAUCAAGGGAAAUGGGCGGGCGUAGCACGGAGACAGUCUGGGGUUCUUCAAUUACCAUCAUUCAAUCAACUGGUUCUCUACAGUUCACACUGGCAUUUCUUCAGGACAGUAUAAUCUAAGACUCUAGAGCUCUCCUGGUCUUGGUGUUUGUAUCGAAAAGCUGCCACUCUUUGUUCAAUGAUUCCAGAAUGCUUGGGCAGAGCUUAGAUAGGUUCGGCCUAAUUAGGUUGUCUAUAUUUUCAGAAAUGGUUUUAUCAACUCUUCUUCUUAGGAAUUGCUUACGGGCCUACAAAAAUAGUUUUAUGCAUUUUGGG